CUGUGGGUCGAUGGUGGGGAUUGUAGUACCGGGGCCUUCGGCCCUGGAGCCGUCACAACUCAAUAUAGUUCCUCAGAGGCCGGGGCCGUACGCGAACGUGAACCAGACUCAAUCUGGCCACUACCAGUCAGUCUGCUAGAAUUUUUCGAGCUCUGUUCGUAGAACGGUAGAUCAUUAAAAAAUAUAUUUUUACUGAAAUUGCUACCGAGUAAAGAGAAAAGAUUUGAUAAAAAACUUUUUCAUCCUCAACAGUCGCUGUUAUAUUACAAUAACAUUGUAACUCAUUGUAUCGAGGAGACAAAUUCUUUAUCAACAAAUAUUACGAAUUCUCCGUUAAUCUUGUAUCUACAGUCUGUGAAUCGUUACAUAUAUAUGAUACAAACGACGAUUAUUCGGUAAAGUGAUAGUGUGAAUAAUUCGUGCUAGUGAGUUGAGAAAACAAUGUGAUAGCGAAGACACGGAGACAAUAAACAGAGGAGGAUGACUAGCAGCGGGAAAUCAAUGGACAUCGUCCUGCUCCUGACGGUACUGCUGACGAUCUGCAUGAGCAGUACCACCUCGUCGAGAGCUUGCAACGACAUUAAGAUGAAGUGCGCCUACAGGAGUGGAUGUGGCGCGGCGCUUCAGCAAUAUCUUAUGGGGUGUUCGGGUGUACUUCACGGGGACGUCAAUGAUUGCCCAGAGACUUGUCAGCAUGCACUUAUUGCACUGACGAGCACGGACGAGGGCAAGGAACUCAUGACGUGCGAGUGCGCGCACAACGACUACGUGUGUCUUCAGUCGAAGCAGAGGGUGGAAGUAUGCAGGGCAUCCGUCACCAUGACUAUGAAUAGGACCAGAGUGUCCUGCAGGAUAGCCACCUGGAUAUGUAUUGCGGAUGCACUGUGCUCGAAGGCCAUGGAUUAUUAUAAUACUUACUGCUGGAAAAUGUUUCGCGGCAAGAAAUGUACACACAGGUGUCACAACUCGAUUGCCAUACUGAGACGUCAGGAGAAAGCUGCCAAAUUGAAUACGUGCAUCUGCGAUGGUACAGAGGAUUAUGACUGCAGGGGUAUACGUCGCAAUAUGAAUGCUCUUUGCUUUGGCAAGGUACAUCACGAUUAUCAUGAGGUGAAGAAGGUCGUAGGUGAUACCAGGACUAACGAGAUACUCAGGGACGAUGCGAAUCUUCGAGGAGACGGGAUACGGAAUCUGGUGAACAGAGUGACGCUGGCCUUGACCAUCGUUAUACUCCUGCUCAGUAGGCAAGACUGAAAGUGAAAAGCAGCAGCCAGGAGAAUCCAUUGAACAGUAUUCCGCGAGUGAAUAACCAAAGAUCCUAAAACUUACCAGUUGGUGCGACUUGGGGAAAUAUGAAAGGAAGGAAUCAAGAUGGAGGAUCAAGAAGGAUUGAAAUUUGGCAAAAAGCACGAAAUUUGUUCAACCGGAACCUCAUCCACUGUUACGUUAUUACGGGAGGAUAUCAUGAGAAAAAUAGCGUUCGAGAAUUAAAAAUAAUUCAAAAAAUGAAGAACGUGAAAGCACGAGUUCAGCACUGUACAUUGAGUGUAUAAUAGAGCUAUAAAUAAUGAUUAUUAAUAAUUAAUAAUUUAUAACGAGUGAUUCGAGCAUGCGAUUGCGUGUGUGUGAUGCGUGUGUAAAUAAAGUAAGCGUGUAAAUUA